AAAAAAAAAAAAGAAAAACUAUCAUUUCUCCCUUCAACAACACUCUCUCUUGGCCGUAGCUCCAACACUAUAGUUGGGAGAAAUAACACAAAAAAAAAAAAAUCUACCCUUUCUCCCUUCAAAUUCAUGCAAGAACAACAACAUCACAAAUUCAACGGUACUUUCACUAUGACGAACAAACAAAAAAAUUCAUCGAUUUUUUCAGUACAACCUCAGACAAGCUGUGACACUAACGAUGACAAGAUAGAGUCAACAAGGCCGAUUUUACAAGUCAAGAACAACAACAUAACGCUCAAGCUCGAUCAAGAACACCAUGAUUCAAAAAAAUCCAACGAUACAGAAGCUGUGUCAGACUACGACGACGUGCAUGUGAGGCAUGCAAGCAUGGGCGGAUCGACGUCCUUGGAGGACAAUGGACGUGAGAGAUUGAAGAGACAUAGAGUUGAAGUGGCUGGACAUGUAUGGAUACCAGACAUUUGGGGACAAGAAGAAUUACUAAAAGAUUGGAUUGAUUGUAGUGCAUUUGAUAAAUCAUUGAUGAAUAAUAAUAUAAUGUCAGCAAGGGCAGCUUUAGUUGAAGAAAGAAGAAGAGCAAAUUCUACUUGCAGAUUACGAAUAGAAAAUAGCUGUUGAAAUUAUGCGCCCAAAAAAAAGAUGAGUUAUUUUUUUUGGUCUUUUAUUUCUAUUAAUUAAUGAUUUUUUUUUUGUUUUUUUGGUUUUCUCUUUUAUUGAACUAUUUUAUUAUAAUAAUAAUUGUGUAUUUCUAUGUUAAUACCUGGAAGAAAUACAUAUGUUGAUGAUUGGGAUAA